GGGUCAGAGGUCAAGCCACACGUAGCUGCCCGGGACCUUCAUACCUGUUGUUUUCCCAGCUGUUCAGUCAAAUCACGUCGUUGCUGUACCGUUUGGGAACUGUUUAAACGGUGCAAAUGGAAGGAACAUAGAAGAACGGCUUGGUGGAGAUGUCGUGGGUUAAAGAGCUGGCUUGGUUUGGUCUGUACGCGCACGUAAAGUGAGGUGGAACACAGAGAGAGCUUGUGCCUGCAGGACUGCACUGGUCACAAAGAAAAACGUUCUCAGGUCAGUUCCACUGUACCACAGACUGUCAUCCACGGACCAGACCUGCAGAGGGAGCAGCACAGUGGGAAGUGCAGGGACAGAGGCUAUGGGACAGGAUCAGUCCCAGGAACAGUAUUUCUAUGACGAUUCGGAUGAAAUGUGGCACGAGGGUGCAGAAGAGGAACACUCUCCAGAACCAGAGCUGGAGUCCCAUCUCCAGUACCCCAGUCCCAGGAGGGGGACGCAGGCCUGUACUUACAGAGUUACCUGCAGAGCAAGAUACGGCAGGGUUCUGAUAUGGUCCUUGCAGUUCAGGGCCGGCUGCAGAAACAUGCAGCUAUCUUGAGGAAGAUUGCAGUGCUGGACUACAAGGACCUACAGGAUGCCGUGAAGGAGCUCAACGAAGUAACCAAGACAUUCAGUGAGGUGCAGGGUAAACACCUGGUCUUCACCAUAAAGAAGGGCACAGAUGAAGGGGCGCUGUGGAAGGCAACUGUCAGGAUCAGAUGUUUGAAGAUUGACUCGGUAUGUGGGAGAAUAGAAUCCACGAGGCUGCUGAAUCUGAGACAGUUCAUCGCUGUGUAUAACACAGUACUCCAGCAGGCGGAGGCUGCUGUAGGCAAGCAGGGGAAGGAGCCCAGUACGGGCGGGGAUGGCACGGGUGAGGAGGACACUCCUCCUGAGUUCCAGGCCUCCAUCAUCUUUACAGGACUGCAGUCUAUGCAGGAAGAGGAUGACAAUGAAUGCUGUAUAUGUAUGGACAGGAGGUCUGAGGUCAUCUUGCCCUGUACACACAGUUUCUGCCAGGAGUGCAUCGACAAGUGGAAUGUCAUACAUAACACAUGCCCCAACUGUCGCGGGAGGAAUGACCCCAAGGACUCCUGGGUAAUGCCGGACAUGCCGGACAGUCAGGAAAUCCGAGACUAUCUCAUGGGUGUCACCGAGGGCAACGGAAACGGAAGUCAAAAAUUAAAGUGAAAUAUGAAUACAUGACAUGAGCUCUUACAAGUAGUAAUGAUACUAGUAUAUUUCACUACAAGAAUAGGUGAUUACGAAUGUCAACUUUCAGUCAAGAUGCAGAGUUCUGUCUAAAGAACCAACAGAUUUUUGUGCUGCAUACACUUUAUGAAGGGACAUGCCUGGAUCCAUAGCAAGUAGUAAAAGCAAGAGGUUUUGCCUUAGUUAGAACAUGAUUGUGAUGUGGGUGAUGACAAACGUAGGGCAAUGUCAUAGAUCGUGUUGAAACCUUCAUGGAAGUUUCCGCAUAAGCAAUAUAUCCAAUCCUGAAUUCAUUGUCUUACCUUUGUUAUCAAUUUCAAAUUGAUAUUAUGCAACAAUAGGAGUCAAUCCUAGAGUUCAGGAAUGCUCAGGGUGCGCAGAGCUCUUGAACCCCUCUGAAAUCUUGCUAUUUGGUGUAUAUAAUAUGUGUAUAAACUAUAACUGAGUUUCUUUCUCUUUGACUACUUCAAGCAAGUACGAGGUGAUAAUGGUCACUUUUAAGAAUUAUUAUUUUUCAUGACACAUUGUAGUCUUAAAGUGAGACAUCAUGCUUAAAUCAUGGCUUUUAAACACAGUUUGAUAGGUUACCAUUUGACCUUAAGUCUAUGCAUCACAAUGUACAUUUACUAGUACAAUCCAAGAACUAAACAUUGAUAUAAGAAUUAUCAUAGCAAAAAUUUUGACUAUGUAAAAUCACAGAAAUGUGGAAGGAUGUAUGUGAACAGAAGGUAAACUAGUGAAACAUAUCCUCAUAAUGAUUUGGUAUAGCCAUUAAUGUAUUGCAGUCAGGUGUAAAGCUGUAGAAGUAUAUACACAAUCAUGUAUAUUGAAGAAAGCCAAAAAAUUAUGUCUCGGGCCUGAAAUAUGCACUAUUACAACCUGACAAUUUGCCAGUAAUGGUCUUUACUGACUGCUAUAGCAGUAAUCAGUAUGUUAUGUGUAAAGUAUUAUUUGAUUGAUAGUGAAAUAUCAUAUUUUUGUUUGUAAUAUCUGGGGAAAUUUUCAGUAUGCUACAAAGCAUGGUUCUGACAAGGCAAUAAAUUUUGAAAUCUGGCAGAAGACAGAACAUACAGAGAAAAUAGUCAACACUCUUGUUGCUUUGUCUUACAACAUCAAUACAAUAACAUCAUGCAGCUAGUGCAAUGCAUUUUCCUAGUGGACUUAGAAAUGUUCUUAAAAAAGAGAAAGCAUAUUAUUCAUUCACUACUAAUACUACAUUUAUGUCACCUACAACAUGAAGCUAACCACAUGUAGUCCUGU